UGUAACAUUUUAUAUAUACUAGCCUAUAUAUUAUGCAUUCAUAUAGCCUAAAUUGUAUAGUGGCUGUCAGGGAUUUUCCAGUGGCUUGUUUUUGUGAGCCAAAUGACCUUGAAUCACCAGAACUGAUAUGAAGCAUUUGAAAUUGUAAACACAAACUUGGGAAACGAGAACUGGGACUUAAAGGAUAAUGCUUAUAUUUUACAUAGAAUUAAAGGGUUAUAGCAGUGCCAGUUAUACGAUGACUUUCAAUGAGUUUGUAAAGGAAAUUCUAGACGUGAAAUAAAACAACAACAAAAAACAAUUAUUUAACCAAUUAAUUCGUCUGGGUUAAAUAAGAGAGAAAAACGAAAGCUAAAGCUGCGUAGUGUUACCUCAGGCGAACGCACAUUUUGUUCUUUUUUUCACAUUUUGUUGUUGUGACUGAAAUGUUUAAAAAUACAAAUGAAACGCAUAUAUAGUCUGUAUUGAUGCAACAGUAGGCUAGCCUUUUAUUUUAUUUGAGAGGUUUAACAUUUGCACUAUUGGUUUGCAGACUAAAUUGCGCGCAUCUAGUAUUGUCUAGUAUUGUUUCUAACUGUGAACUACCUCGAAGGAGAAAUAAAAGAGUAAAGUAGGCCUACUUCAAAGUAAAUGGAUUGGCUGGAGGUGACUCCAAUUCAAUCUGACUGUACAGAGAAAGAGAGGGUCGGAGCUGCGGCGCGUCGCAUUCAUUCAGCAGCGCUCGUGUUGCGUGAAUUACGCACAAGAGUAGAGUGGACGUGAAUAUUCAGCAGUGGACUCCGAGCUCAGCGCGUAAUACGGAGACGCCGGGAACCCCCAGUCUACGAGGAAAGACAUGGAAGUUUGCAAAGGACGUUUGCUGGGCAUCUCGGUGGCCGUUGCGCAUGGAUUUUUUUCGGGAUCGCUGAAUAUUUUGUUAAAAUUCCUCAUAACGACCUACAGCUUUACGUAUCUGACUUUAAUUCAGUGUCUGACCAGCGGCACUGCGGCUCUCACAUUAGAGGUGCUGAGGAGACUGGGCAAAAUAGAUAUACCUCCCUUCAGCCUCCAGUUAUUCAAAGUUUUUGCGAGUGUUUGUAUUUUGGCAACUUUGCAGUCCACAUUAACCCUCUGGUCUCUCAGGGGAUUGAGUUUGCCCAUGUAUGUUGUGUUUAAGCGAUGCUUGCCAUUGGUAACGUUGGGGAUUGGAGUGUGCGUGCUGAAGAACGGGAUCCCAUCAGCUGGGGUAAUAACUGCAGUUCUCAUCACCACUGGAGGAGCAGCACUGGCUGGUGCUGGAGAUCUAACAGGUGACCCUUUUGGCUACGUGACUGGCAUUUUAGCUGUGAUCGUCCACGCCUCCUACUUGGUGCUCAUCCAAAAAGCGAGUGCAGACAGUGAUUAUGGGCCGCUCACAGCCCAGUACACCAUUGCAGUGGUGGCCUCUCCCAUUCUCUUCAUCUGUUCCAUUGUAAGCAUGGACGCCAUUGACAUGUGGACAUAUGAAGGUUGGAAGAACCCGUAUAUCACAGGCAUCUUCUGCACCUGCAUCCUCAUCGGCUGUGCGAUGAACUUCACCACACUGCACUGUACCUAUAUCAACUCGGCUGUCACCACCAGCUUUGUGGGGGUGGUCAAGAGUAUAGCUACUAUCACUGUGGGCAUGCUGGCCUUCAGUGACGUAAUGCCAACCAAACUGUUCGUGGCAGGCGUGGUAGUUAACACCAUUGGCUCCAUAACCUACUGUGCGGUGAAGUAUUACGAAACCAAAAAGAAGUUAACCUACCAGGAUAUGGAUGAGUCUGCUAAGGAUGACGAACUUCCAGGAGAACCUUAUGUGGAACCAGCCAAGCCUGAGGGAGAUAUGGAAACUCUUCCAAAUGAUCUGGAGAGUGUUCCCAAUGGCAGCCUGACGGCAUCAGUUGACGGCAAUGACCAGGGUCCCAUUCGUGAGAAUAAAGUGGCAGAAUCCAUAGAAUUAGAAAGACCGGGGAUCCCAUCGGACGAUCCUACGAGACAAUCUCUGAGCGACAGUUACGUAGGGGUCUGGAGAUCCAUUCGCACCUUAAAGUUCUUUAAGAAAGACACUUUACUUGACAACAUGGAGGUUCAAAGUCCUUGAUGAUUGGUUUUCUGCUUGACAGAAGUGCAUGUUACGUUUAAGUAUUGUUGAACGGAUGGUGUGAACAAUGUUUGCUUUUUUCUCUUCUGAACAUGAUUUUAUGAAAAACAUUUAUUUUUUAUAAAAAGGUAUAGUCUGUUUGUAUAUUAGAGGGAGUAUAGCUAUAUGACAUUGAGGCAUCCCCAAUAACAGAUGUGCCAAUUUAUUGACUUCAAAUAAAAUAUACUUUUAUUUCAGAAUCAGUUUAAAAUUACUUUGGGGGAAAAAAAAAUCAAAUAUCUUAAUAGAGAUGGUCCACUCAAAAUUGACAAUUCUAUCAUCAUUUACUUAUCUUCAUAUCGUUCCAAACAAGUAUGACUUUCUUUGUUCUGUGGAGCAUAAAAGAUGAUAUUCUGAAGAAUGUUGGUAACUGGAGUUUCAGUUCCCAUUAACUUCCAUUAGGGGCGGCAGUGGCUCAGUGGUUCAUGUAGGUUGUCUACAAACCGGAAGGUUGGUGGUUUCAAUCCCCGGCUCCACCUGACCAAGUGUCGAAGUGUCCUUGAGCAAGACACCCAACCCCAGCUGCUCCCGACGAGCUGGAUGGCGCCUUGCAUGGCUGACACCAUUGCCGUCGGUGUAUGAAUGAGUGAGUGAAUGGGUCAAUGUGAGGCAACUUGUAAAGCGCUUUGGAUGGCCAUGGGUCUGUUGAAAGCGCUAUAUAAAUGCAGUCCAUUUUACCAUUUACCAUUUACCAUUAUGUGGGCAACAAUGGAAGUCAAUGGGAACCAAAACUGUUCUUUAAAGUGUCUUUUUCUUUUUGUGUGUGUUUGUAAC